UCCUCGGCCAGGUCCUCCCGAGUCGCUGGGGGGCGCCUGGCUGGGCCUGGCCUUGCCUUGCCUGGGGAGGAGGCGCCGGGCCCGGGUUCCUGCUCCUGCUCGGCGGCCUCGCCGUCAGCCCGGCUCCUGCCUCCGCCAUGCCUUACGCCAACCAGCCCACGGUGCGCAUCACGGAGCUCAGCGACGAAAACGUCAAGUUCAUCAUCGAGAACACGGACCUGGCAGUAGCAAAUUCCAUCCGGAGGGUGUUCAUCGCUGAAGUUCCCAUCAUAGGUCUGAUUCCACUUACCAGUGACGAUGUUGUUGAUAAGCUGCAGUAUUCCAGGGAUUGCACCUGCGAUGAGUUUUGUCCCGAGUGCUCAGUGGAGUUCACUCUCGACGUUCGGUGCAACGAAGACCAGACCCGCCAUGUUACAUCCCGGGACCUCAUCUCUAACAACCCUCGGGUCAUACCGGUGACGUCCCGGAGCAGAGAUAAUGACCCCAACGAUUACGUCGAGCAGGAUGACAUCCUCAUUGUGAAAUUACGGAAAGGCCAGGAGCUGAGGCUGCGGGCCUAUGCAAAGAAGGGCUUUGGCAAGGAGCAUGCCAAGUGGAACCCCACGGCAGGAGUGGCCUUCGAGUACGACCCAGACAACGCGCUGCGGCACACGGUCUACCCAAAGCCGGAGGAAUGGCCGAAAAGCGAAUACUCUGAAAUUGAUGAAGAUGAAGCCCAGGCUCCAUAUGAUCCCAAUGGGAAACCGGAGAGGUUCUAUUACAACGUAGAGUCCUGCGGCUCUCUCCGUCCGGAGACCAUCGUCCUCUCGGCAUUGUCCGGCUUGAAGAAGAAGCUGAGCGACCUCCAAACCCAGCUGAGUCACGAGAUCCAGAGCGACGUGCUGACCAUCAACUGAUUUCUGCCCUUGCCCUGGAGUAAUCCCAGUGUCCGGGAACCGCCCGGGACUCUUGCCGUAUUAGCGCAGAGGCAGUGAGGAGACUGUUGAGAUUGGGAGGGUGUGUGUGUGUGUGUGUGUGUGUGUGUGUGUGUGUCAGGUCCUUGUUUGACGGAGUCCCUUUGUCUUCAAGCCUGUUGGUGCAUUUGUUUAGCCACACCCUAACCCUAAAGAUGUCAAAAUCUGCAAAGCAAAAAAUGCAGAGGGGAGAUUUUUUUUUCCCCUGUUUUUUUUCCAGAGACUUUGGGGAAAUUUGGAGACAUGUUUUUCUCCACCCCGUUUUAUUCCAAACCCUCACAUCUCUACUCUUGCCCCCAAAGUGUCUUCAGUGCUCCCUUAAGGAGUGAGGAUAUAUUGUUUAGGGAAUUAAAACAGUGCAUUUAUGCCAUUUUCCCCGAGGAGGGUGAUUUCCCAUCCUCUCCCUCUUCUUCAGUGUGUUGGGAACUUGGCUUUUCACUCACUCUGCCAGGACUCUUUUCUGCCAACUGUACUUCUUGUCUUUUAGCCUCGUUUCUACAGAGCUUUUGGUGUAAACAGCUCCUGCCUGGCAGAUGCCCAGGUUAUGCAACUGCUGCUUGAUAGUAUUUGCAUUUGUUACUUGACUGAAUAAAAGCCUUUUUGCCGGUUA